AUGUGGGGAGGACCUGGGCUGCAGCGAGCUGGUGGCUCUCUAGCCAAGCGGCACAGCAUGGCCCGUCAGGAAAGGAUUGAUGUGGCUUAUGGGGCAGAAGGUACCCCCUAUACUAUCCUAUCCAGUAAUAGGAGAGUGAUACGGUAUAAUAAAGACCACAUCCACGCUACUGAGUGGAGAGAUAGAAGCCCUCCAAAAAGAGAAAUGAACGAGAAGAGGAAGGAUGGAAACUUCGGGAGCUGACUUAAGAUUACAGUUCCUUACUGGAGAAAGUAUGACAAGACUUGGCUACUGAGUUCCACCCAGAGCCAUUGCAGUGUUCCCUUCAGCUUGGUUGAUUUCCACUACAUGAGAAAGAAUGCCCAGUUCUUUGUCCAGGAUGUGAGCACUGCAUCUGUGUUGAAGGCUGUCAACUACAAGAUUCGUGAUGAAGAUAAUCUAAAGGUGUGUAUCACUGUCAACCCUUCUGUUGUACCACAUUCUGUGCAGAAUAAGUUGAAGCCAGAACAAAUGGAGCAGCUAAAGCUGAGCAUGAACAAAUGCUAUAAUGACUUUCAGCAAACUCUUGACCUCCAGUGCUUCCGCUUUGACCCAGACUUAGUAGGCCAUGAUAUUGACAUGAUCCUGAAUCGAAGAAACUGCAUGGCUGCCACCCUGAAGAUCAUCGAAAAGAAUUUCCCUGAGCUGUUGUCCUUGAACUUGCGCAGAAACAACUACCAGCUGGAUGGCCUGUCUGCUAUUAUACAGACGGCCCCCAAAGUCAAGAUCCUGAACCUGUCCAACAAUGAGCUAAAGUUGACUUGGGAGCUGGACAAGAUAAAAGGGCUGAAGCUCGAAGAGCUGUGGCUACAAGGAAACCCAUUGUGCAACAACUUCUUAGACCAGUCCACCUAUGUAAGUGCCAUCCAGGAUUGUUUUCCCAAGUUGUUACGCCUGGAUGGCCAGGAUUUACCCCUACCGAUUACUCUUCGCUUUGAAGCCUCUGAGAUAAUGACACCCUGCAAGGAAAGCUAUAAAGGAUCUGAGGCCUUGAAGAAUCUAAUCUUGCAAUUCUUGCAGGAAUAUUACUGGAUCUAUGACUUUGGGGACCUGCAAGAUCUCCUGGGUGUUUACCACGAAGAGGCCUGCUUCUGGAUGAUCAUUCCUUUCAACCCUGGGGACCCAGCUCCAAGGUGCUUGGACAAGUACUCCAAGGGGAACAGGAAUAUGAAGAAGCUCAAGGACCCCGGUAAGUGUGUGAGGGGGAAGUUGCUGAAACACACAAAAUGUGACGUUGUUGACUUUCUCAGUGUUUUGCCCCAAACCCAGCAUGACGUCAGCAACUUUGUAGUGGACAUGUGCAGCCAGAUGGAAAAGAUGCUCUGCUUUUCUGUCAACGGGGUGUUAAAGGAGGUAGAAAGAAUGUCUGAGGCUCAUGUUCAUUCCUUCACUCAAAUCUUCAUCCCUAUUCCUGCCAGCAACUCCAGCCUAUGCAUUGUGAAUGACCAACUGUCUGUGAGGGAAGCCAGCCACAAAGAGACCCAGAGUGCCUUCUCCAUCCCAGUGCCCACACCCCCCUCUAGCUCCAUGCCCACCCUCUCCCAGGAGCAGCAGGAAAUGGUGCAAGCAUUCUACAUCCAGUCUUCGAUGAAACUCGAGUGGCCUCAGAAGUGA